AUGACUAGAACGAGAGAAGUAGAAGUCUGAUUUUUCUACAGGAUUUUCUGGCUUCAAACGUUCUUUUAAACCCGAUAAAGUUGUUUUUGAUCAGUAAAUUAAGCGGAGGCGUUUAGUAAAUGCCAACAACUUUUCAUUCAGACAUGAAAAAUCCACUGCAAAAUGCUGUUGAUGAAAGGAGCAAAAAGCUCGAGAUGGAGUUCAUUUCUGAGCACAAAAUGGACCACAAUUUUAAUGCAUUACUAGUUGGAAAGCCUUUCAGGUACACUGAUCUUUGUGUGAUAACUGGAGGCGAUGAUGGCACGAUUAGAGUUUUCACAACCAAAAAUAAUCUGAGAAACUGGAACUUAGAGGAAAUUUCCAAGCUUGAAAGUAAAGGUGGUCCAGUUCAGUGUCUACAUUUACACAAUGUGACUAAAUUUGGGUCUUGUGAUAUGAUAGUUGGUGACUCAAAGGGCACACUAACUAUCUUUAGUAAUGAACAGAUAUUAAACAGAAGAAUUCUGUCACAAGAUUGCAUAAUAGCACUGACUGUGGAUGUUGAUCAUGCUGGUAAUUUAGCUAUUGUAGUGGGUGAUGGUGAAGGGGGAGUUACUGCUGUAUCACCUUAUGGCAGCCUCUGGAAAAUAAGACUGCAAGAUGCAAGGAAGCAGAUGUACAAGGAAAUUGGUCAACGUGUAUCAGUAAAAUGCAUGCUUUCUGUGCAAUUACCAGCAGCCAAUGGGCUUCCUGUCAGCUAUAUCAUAGUAUCAGAUACUUGCAAAAAUAUCUUCAUCCUUCAAAAUGGAAUGGUUGUCCACACACUGCACAUGACAUCAGUGGUGACUGCAAUGACUUCUGGGUAUUUUAUUCCCAUCAUGCCUCCACCUUUUUCUCCAACUCAGUCAUUCAGUAGUCCCAGAUCUCUACAGCCUGCCCGUCAAUCACAGGUUGCCUUAGGAACAGAAGAAGGAAGUAUAUUUGUGUUGAGUAACUUUCAGUUGCAGCCGUAUGCUAGUGUCCGCCUGCCUAUAACGAACCUUCUGUCAUUUCCAAACAAUGGUUGUCCAGAAAAGACUGACUUUUUAUUGUGUUCUGGUCACUUUAACGCACUUAUGGUGUUUGACCAACAAGAGAUUGUGCAUCGUCUGGAAACAAAGGAAUGGAUUCAUACAGUUUCAUGUAGCUAUGACGAUAAACAUGUUGUUUUAGGGAUGUUGGACAAUACAAUAUCGAUAUAUAGAUUGGCUUCAAUUUAGGAAAUGAAUCACGGCUACAGGUUUUAAAAAACGUGUAAAUAAAUUGACUUUUAAUAGUGAACAGCAGAACCAUCCUAAUGGGUUUCUGUUAAAAGUAACCAUUAAAAUUAAAUGUCAAAUA